GCCCCGUGCCGUACAGCAUGGCGGCGCUGUGGCGGAGGCGGCUCCCGGCGGUGCCGGGGCUGUGCCGUACGCUGCGAGCCCUCUCAGGAAAGAAUGAGUAUGAUCUUCUGGUAAUUGGUGGAGGGUCUGGAGGCCUUGCUUGUGCAAAAGAAGCUGCUCAGUUUGGGAGAAAAGUGGCUGUUUUGGAUUAUGUGGAACCUUCUCCACAAGGAACCAAGUGGGGACUUGGUGGAACUUGUGUGAAUGUUGGCUGCAUUCCUAAAAAGCUUAUGCAUCAAGCAGCCCUUUUAGGGAGUGCCCUUAAAGAUGCCCAACACUAUGGCUGGAAUAUAGCCCAACCUGUUAAUCAUACCUGGUCUGUGAUGGCACAAGCUGUUCAGAAUUAUGUGAAAUCCUUGAACUGGGGACACCGAGUGCAACUACAGGACAAGAAGGUGAAAUAUUUCAACAUGAAAGGGAGUUUUUCUGAUCCACACACAAUUCGUGGUUUAACAAAAGCAGGUAAAGAGACUGUUGUUACUGCAGAAAAUAUUGUCAUUGCUACUGGAGGAAGACCAAAAUAUCCUACACAUAUUCCAGGUGCACUGGAGUAUGGAAUCACAAGUGAUGAUCUGUUCUGGUUAAAAGAAUCUCCUGGAAAAACGUUGGUUGUUGGAGCCAGCUAUGUUUCACUGGAGUGUGCUGGUUUUCUAACAGGCAUUGGACUGGACACUACAGUCAUGAUGAGAAGUAUCCCACUUCGUGGGUUUGAUCAGCAAAUGGCAUCUUUAGUAACUGAGCACAUGGAAUCUUAUGGCACAAAAUUUUUAAAGAGAUGUUUCCCAACCAAAGUUGAAAAAUUGGAGAGUAACAGAUUGCAAGUCACCUGGAAAAAUACUGACCUGGGCACAGAAGAAACAGAUUCCUUCAACACAGUGAUGUGGGCAGUAGGCCGAGCCUCUGACACUGAAACUCUUAAUUUGGAGACAGCUGGAGUGAAAACUAAUCCUGAAACUGGAAAGAUCAUUGUUGAUGCCAGUGAAGCUACUUCUGUUCCUCACAUUUAUGCAAUUGGAGACAUAACAGAGGGCCAUCCUGAAUUGACACCCACAGCAAUUGCUGCAGGAAAACUGCUGGCUCAGCGUCUCUUUGGCCAGUCUUCAGAACUGAUGGACUAUGACAAUGUACCUACUACAGUUUUCACUCCCUUGGAGUAUGGUUGUGUUGGACUGUCAGAAGAAGCAGCUGUGCAGUGUUAUGGAUCAGAUAAUAUUGAGGUAUAUCAUGCGUAUUAUAAACCUUUAGAGUUCACAGUGGCUGAAAGAGAUGCGAGUCAAUGCUAUAUGAAAAUGGUGUGCUUACGAGACAGAGAGCAACGAGUGCUUGGACUUCAUUUCAUUGGACCAAAUGCAGGCGAAGUUAUUCAAGGAUUUGCUCUUGGAAUCAAGUGUGGUGUUACGUAUGCUCAGCUAAUGAAAACAAUUGGCAUUCACCCUACCUGUGCUGAAGAGGUUACCAAGUUGCACAUCACAAAGCGUUCUGGCUUGGAUGCAACAGUCACAGCCUGCUGAGGUUAAAUACCAUCCCUGGAAAGAAUGAAAAAAAAGCACAAUAUAUUUGUAAAGGAAAGGGGCACUUAGGAUUGACACAGCCUUAAUGGUUCGAGUUCCAGGUACUCCCUGUAGACAGCUUUUUCUCACAGCCAGACAAAGAAAUAGUCCUCACAGAGAUCUAAAACCAAUGCAGUCCUGCUGUAACAAAUCUCUUUCAAAGUGCCUGUAACUCUUCUCUUGCUGGGAGAUAGGGAAUAAUCGCAGUUUAAGAUACAUAAAUAUAACUGAAGCCAGUAACAUCUGAGGCCACCUGCCAGUUAAACAGUUCUAGCUUAAGUUUCUCUGUUGGCAUGACUGACUGCCAACAGCAGUGUCUCAUGUGAUGUUCAUACAGAUGCUAGGGGUCAGACAGGGUCCCCUUAGGAUUUUGGUGAUGAUACUUUCUCCUGAGUACUUGGUUGGCUUAUUACUGUUCCUAAUCUUGAACACUGAAACUCUGCACUUGCUAGUAGAAACAGGUUCCCAGAGUUCGUAACAAUGUUGUUGUUUUUUUUCUUUAAAAUGCAGUAUGUACAGGAAUUUAAUAGGAAAUCACUUAUCACUAAAGCUGUGCUGCUACUGGAUAAAUCCCACUGGAUUAAUUAGUGGCAUUCUGGUCAUUUACAUUAUGGUGAUGUCUGAGAAUGAAUGAGCUCGGAGGGGCUAAAGAAAGUGUUGAAUUUUAUGGUGACUUCUCUGCCUACUCUUGAAAUUUCUAAUUCAGUUCAAAUUAAAUUGACACAUCUCACAAAUUACUGUUUAAACUCCAUGUAUUAUGCAACCUUGACAAGUAGAAUCAAAACCACUAAUAAUCCAACUCAUGCAGCGUUUUCUGUUUUAUAGGAUGUGGAAAUCUGGCUGGCACAGUGAUAUAUUGGGUUGGUUUAUUUUUAUGAUUUUCUCAGAGCUGAAGGGAUUUAGAGCUGGCUUUAAUAAAACAUGUUACUGAAAGAUGCUAUUUUAAACAGUGAUUUAGAAAAGAAAUGGUGCUGCUCAGAACACAUAAAAUAAUUAUCUGCAAACUUUUUUUUUUUUUUUUUUUUAAGUAUAGUCCAGAGUGAGAAAGCAUUGCUCUGUUGCAAAUUUCUGCUUAUUUUCCUGUUAUCCAGAAGGGGGAGAUGCUGGCUAAUUUGUUGCAAUAAAGAAACAGAAAUCUGAUGGUGGAGCUUCUUUUGCAGAACCCUGUGAAAGGGGGAGUCUGACAAAGGCAAACACGAAGCUAACUGCGCUGAAUUCCAAUCCAAGUUGCAGCUGCCAGCAUUUUGCUAUGCACAGUCACUUAGCUUCUUGCACCCUUGACAGCAGAAUAGUGCAUGUAGGGAAUGAAGAGAUGAGCUCAAGGUGAAACAAAAUGUAUCCUUUUUGCAGUUAAUGUAUAUCAGUGGUUUUCUGUCUGGAACUCGACAUUGUCAUAGCUAUCUGUCUGCAUUUUGCACAUUUUGGAAGAAUAGCCCAAUGAUAAUUUCUCUUUGUUAAUUUUUUCUUUGCUAUUUUACUGUUGCAGCAUGCAACACAGACAAAUUAUUUGUUUAUUUCAAGUGUGAAAUCUUUUUGACUGUUAGAGUUGUACCUGUCAGUGAAACAAUUAGGUAAAAAGUGAUCAGACCUUCCUUCUAAAAUAUUCUGUAAUAGCAUUUAUCACACUCUCAUUUACACUAGAAUAUGCCAUUUUCAAAUAUUUAUUCUGAUUUAAACAACAACAAAAAAAAAUCUCAAAUGCUUUCUUUACAAAGUCUCCAGAUAUUUCUGGUCUGUAAGAGAGGAAUGUGUGACUGCAAGUGGCAGUCUGUUAGAUUUGCUGAUGUUGGUUUUAAUCUAUGAAGUCAUCCAUAAGCUUAUAGUUGAAAAGAUAUAAUUUGAGUGGAAGUGCAGUUGAAAUACUACCUGAAUAUUGCAACUGCCUUUAGAAGAAAUUAUUAAAACUUAGUAUAUAAAUGUGUGCAUACCUGCAGAUUCAGAAGUUCCUUUAAUAAAGGCCUUAUUAGUAGGAUACAGCCAAAAACCCCAUUAGAUUUUCUCAGCUGUUAAAAAAAAAAGUUCAUAGUAAAUUAGGGUUUUAAAAAAAAAAGUUUUACUUAGUAUUUCAAAACAUUGAGAUCUCAGUCUACAGAGAUUUUACUGUGAGAAACAUCCCACCUCAGACUACACUGUAAUUUGUAUGUGUGGAAUAUUUUUUUCCAAGUGACUACCUAUUACAGUUCCUGUUAUACCUGUAAUUGGAAUUUACCAGCUUGAAAGUUGCUUCUUCUCUCUGUUCUACCAAUGCAUCCAGCAGACUGAGUUGUCUGCCCCUACAGACAAAUGGAAAGAUAAGUUAAUUUCAUUCAUUGUGAAGUUAAAAAUAAUUAUUUGGGACAACAAAUUAACAGAUCUCAAGGAAAUGUGUCCUCAGUAUAUAAGGGAUGAGAAAAUAAGGCAUGUCAUUGUUCUCAAAAGUAAGAUAAAUCUCUUGGGUUUAGAAUUGCUAAGUGGACUGCAUGAAAAUUGAUCCUGUAUCUUGAACAGCAGCCUAGUUCUGUUCCAUAUUUAGUGGAAAAUUUUUUUGCCCCCCAAUAUAAAGGUACAUUCACACCUACGUAACUCUAGGGUCAGAAUCAAUGGCAAGGCAGAAUAAUGGCAACUGCUGUGGUUGUGCUUUUUUUUCCUGAAGGAUUUGCCAGGGAUGGUCCUUAAGAAAUGUUUUUCAAAGCCUGACUAAUCUCAAAUGAAAUGACUGAUGUAUGCUGCAAAUUACUGAUUAUAUAUGAAAAUGUAAAAAAAAUUUAAAAAAAUUAGUCAGGCUUCUUCUCAGGAUGCCAGCCAAUGAGGGCUUGUUUGUCAAACCACAAUGUGGUGCAAACAAGUCUGAGCAUUUCUGGGUCCCUCAUAUCUGUGAUUCCAAUAUUUAUUGUGUUGUGAGUUAUUGAAUUAAUAAAGAUUUUUUUCUAGUAAA